AUGAUAAUAUUCGUGCAAUCUUUACCAUGCUCAGCCGGCGGUUGUUGUUGUGGAGGACCGGCACCAGCCGGACCAAUGUUACCAUUUUUACCUUUCCCCGGCUUUGGAGAAUUUGGUCAAUUUCUUUUGCCAAAACCUUCAUGCUGCGGCAAUUAUUUUGCUGAACCAAAAGAGGAAUGCUGUAAAUGUGAAGGAUGUGGGGGCGGAUGCGGAUGUGGAUGCAAACCGAGUGUUCCCGAACCACCACCACCACCCGCAUAUAAGCCUCCACCUCCACCCC